UCUGCCUCUUGCAUUGCAGCUCGAGUGAAUGGACUUCCUUGCUUAGAUGCUAAGCUUGUGCAAGCCAGCCAUUUCUCCCUCAGCGGGCUUAACUUGGCCAGCAAUGUAUCAAACCCGUUGGGUUUUGGGUUCAUCCUAGCCACAGUAGAUCAAAUACCGGGGCUCAACACUCUUGGCAUCUCGAUGGCCCGGGCCGACUACGCUCCGAGUGGCGUUGCCCCGCCCCACGUGCAUCCUCAGGCCACUGAGAUCAUCACGGUGUUAGAAGGCCACCUUCUCGUUGGCUUCGUGAUGUCGAACCCCGACAACAAGCUCAUCAGCAGAGUCCUUCAAAAGGGCGACGUGUUUGUCUUCCCGCCCGGGCUCGUUCACUUCCAAAAGAACGUGGGGUCCAGCAAUGCCAUCUCGAUCGCCGCCUUCAGCAGCCAAAACAUAGGAACGGUUCUUGUUGCUAACGCUGUUUUCGGGUCCAUUCCCCCCAUUGCUGAUGAUGUAUUAGCCAAGGCUUUUCAGGUGGACAAGGCCAUAAUCCAUCAUAUUCAAUCGAAAUUCUAAAAAGUCCGGCCUUUGUAGAUGUUCACGGAGUUUCCGUUUCGAGAGGCAGUAACAUCUAUUGAAGACAUAAUUUGGUUUAGUUUGGGUAAAAUUGUGUAACUUUUCUAUUCUAUUAAUAUUAAAUUAAUGUUAAUUACUGAUUCCGGCUCAGUGAAUCCUUUCUUUCGUGAUGCACUUUCGACACUAAUCCUUUCUUCUGUGAUUCACUUUUUGACACUAGUCCUUUCUUACUCAAAAAAAUCAAAGACUUUACAUUUGCAAAAUUUUAGAUAACCUUCUUUCUCAAUCUUGCAUACAUUUCCUCAAUUCAUCGCAAUUUUUUACAGCAAUUCUUUCAGCAUACAGGAUAGGCAUUCUGAACUUAAAUAAUGCAAACAAAAGAGGAUCAGAUUUUGAAUGCCUGAGAGUACACAAGGAUAUAGAGAAAUCAGACAAAUGGACGUUUCUCCAUCCAUAGCUAUUGCAGACAAGA